AUGAGUGUUCUCGUCGCGGUUUUAACAUGGGCAGUCACCCCGAUUGUCUUCGCUGUGGCAUGUGUAUACAUCAUCAGGCGAAUCACUCUGUAUAUCAAACUGAGGCAAUUUGGUGGGCCAUGGUGGACUGGAAUCACCCACCUCCCUCAUAGCAGAGCAAUUGUCGCCCCCAAUUGCCACGAAUGGUACGCGGAAAUGAAUGAUAAGUAUGGCACAUUUGCACGCAUAGCACCAGGAAUGCUGGUCACAUCUUCGCCGGAAGUUUGGGCACAUUUGAAUAAACACCGGGGCUACAAGAGAUCUGACUGGUACUACCACGCUUGUCGAGUAGAGUACCGGAGGGACAAUGUUUUCACCCAGACAGACAAUAAGAAACAUGAAAUUCGGCGGAAACAAAUGGCUCCUGGGUACUCAGGCAAAGAGAACUUUGACCUCGAGCCGACGAUCGACCAACGUCUAGGAGAGCUAUUGCAUCUAAUCAGGACAAAAUAUCUUUCAUCUACUACCAAGACUGUGCCAAUGGACAUGGCAAAAAAGAUACAGUAUUUCACACUUGAUGUGAUCAGUUCUGUUGGUCUUGGCAAAGCAUUCGGUAUGCUGCAGUCUGAUAGUGACGUAGACGACUAUCUAAAGUCGACCGAGGAGGGCUUGUCUUAUGCCACUUUGGUAGUUGCUCUAGGUAUCAGCUGGAUAGCUCAAGCCCCUCUCAUCGGCAAGUUCAUUGCUCCCUCGCCUACCGACAACAACGGCUUUGGCAGGAUGAUUGCCGCAUGCUUCCGCUACGUUGACGAACGGACGAAAAGCGAUACCGACGAGCGGUCCGAUAUGCUAGCCUCAUUCGUCCAGCAUGGUUUGAGGGGUGACGAGCUGCGAUCGGAGGCACUCGAGCAAGUUAUUGCAGGAUCUGAUACCACCGCAGCUGCUAUCCGUGGUGCCAUUCUUCAAAUCAUGGCCAAUAGCCGUGUCUACUCGAAAUUACAGCGCGAAAUUGAUGGUGCUGUGCGUGAUGGGAUCGCUCCAAGAACGGGGGAAGGCCUCAUUACCCUAGCACAAGCAAGGAAGUUGCCGUAUUUGCAAGCUGUCAUUCGCGAAUCCCUGAGAUUUCGCCCCCCUGUAGUCAACAUCUUCUCGCGAGACACGCCACCUGGAGGUGACAUCGUCAAGGUCGACGGUGAGGAUGUCUACCUCCCUGGCGGUAUCUGCAUAGGGUAUUCGGCCUACGCGAUACAUCGAAGUGAAAAGGUAUACGGCAAUGAUUCAAAGCUUUUCCGACCUGAGAGGUGGUUCGAGCGGGAUGCUGAUAAGCUCGCCAACAUGAUUCGGACGAACGACCUCGUUUUUGGGCACGGGAACUUUAUGUGUUUAGGAAAGCCAGUAGCACAGAUGGAACUCUCUAAGACCAUCUUCGAGAUAUUUCGUCACUUCCAAUUAGCGCCUAUUGACCCGGCCCGACCAUGGAAAGCACGAAAUUGCAUGGGAUUGUUCGUCAUCUCAGACAUGUGGGUCGAGGCAACUGAAAGAAAGGUUGAGGCCCACGACUAG